AUGGCCGCGCGACGUCGCGCGGCCAAGAAGGGCGUCUCCUUCUGCCUCAUGGUUGUCGGUGCUUCGGGCACGGGCAAGACCACCUUUGUCAACACCUUGUGUGAAUCCGAAGUCAUCGGCCACAAGAUCAGCGACAACCCCGAGACGGCUCACAUCGAAGAAGGUAUCCGCAUCAAGCCAGUCCACGUCGAGCUCGAAGAGGAUGGCAUGCGUAUCGGUCUCACCAUUGUGGAUACGCCCGGCUUUGGCGACAACAUCGACAACGAAUAUGCCUUCUCCGAGAUCGUUGGCUUCCUUGAGCGACAGUACGACGAUAUUCUCGCCGAGGAAUCGCGAAUCAAGCGUAACCCUCGUUUCCGCGACAACCGUGUUCACGCCCUCCUCUACUUUAUCACACCUACCGGUCACUCGUUGCGCGAGAUCGACAUUGAGCUCAUGCGUCGCCUCUCGCCUCGUGUCAACGUCAUCCCCGUCAUUGGCAAGGCCGACUCAAUGACGCUCACAGAGAAGCAAGAGUUCAAGAAGCGCAUCAUGGAGGACAUCGAGCACUACGGCAUUCCCGUGUACAACUUCCCGUACGACGUCGAGGAGGACGACGAAGAGACCAUCGCCGACAACUCGGAUCUUCGCGGUCUCAUGCCAUUUGCCAUUGUCGGCUCCGAGGAGGAUGUGGUGGUCAACGGCGAGCCCAUCCGCGCACGAAAGUACCCCUGGGGUAUUGUCGAGGUCGACAACCCCAAGCACUCGGACUUCGCGCGCUUGCGAUCCGCUUUGCUCAACACGCAUCUCACCGACCUCAAGGAGAUCACGCACGACUUCCUCUACGAAAACUACCGUACCGAAAAGCUCUCGAGGACCGUGCACAGCGACUACGCCGAUACGUCGAUCCCCGGCGAAGAGCUGGCAAACCAGUCGGUGCGGCUCAAGGAGGAGCAGCUCAAGCGCGAGGAGGACAAGCUCAAGGAGAUCGAACUCAGAGUGCAGCGCGAGAUCCAGGAAAAGAGGCAGGAGUUGCUCGCAAAGGAGGAGAGCCUCAGGAACCUCGAAUCGCGUCUGCAGGCUCAGAACCUCAACGAGUAG